UUUUAGUGAUAAAUAUGUCAGAUUUUAAACAUUUUUAUUUGAAUUUUGUUGCCACAUGUGAACAAUACUUGUUUGAAACACUUUCUUUUGCGUUUUUAAAAAAAUUUGAGUAAAUUUUUGUUGACACACCAGGCGUUUCAGCCAUCUUCUUCCCACUGAAAAGAAACUUUCAAUUCUCUGGAAUCACAAAUGGUGUAAAUGAAAAAAUCAUAUAAGCAUGAUGUUCCAGGAUAAUAGUUCGAUGAGUUACAAGCAACUCAACCAGCAGGAAUGUUCUCAACAGGAGGACUCAGCGGAUGAGUAUGAAUUAACGGAAAAGCUGACCGCUGUUUCCAAGCGGAAGAAAAGCACGUGCAGGAUCAACUAUAAGCCCUUGCCCCCUAAGCAAGUGAAAAAUUUCAAAUUGAUCUUGUCCAAUUAUUUCAACUGCUCUCUUCCUGUCAAUGUCUACCGGUCCACCAAGACUGGCCUGACGGUGGUCGUCAGUGAGAUGGUCGGUCCCAUGGUUUCUGCUUAUGUGUCUUUUGCUACUGAAAGCUUAGGUGAUGACGGCUUACCAGAAAUUGUAAGGAACUUAGUGUUCCUAGGAAGCGAAGAUUAUCCAUAUAGACAUGUCAUUAAUAAUAUUGCCAAAAAUUGUCAUGUUACGGCCUUCAAUUCAUGGACAGCUGUCAACUACACAUGCUACACAUACACAUCAGCAUCAGAAUGUGGUUUCUUUAACAUGCUACCAAUUUUUAUGGACCAUCUGUUAUUUCCAACACUAAAAAAAACUAAUUAUAUCACAGACAUCUAUCACAUUGAUGAAUAUGGGAGGGAUGCGGGACAUGUCGCACAAAGUCUGGAUGCCUUGGAGUCUUCCAAAAAUGAGAUCAUCCUGAGGGAGGUGAUGAAUUUGGUCUAUGCCAACACCGACUACCGUUUUUCUCCUUAUGGCAAAAUGCAGAACAUACGAACAAGCGCAUCCAACGAGAAAGUAAGAAGAUUUCACAGUAAAUCGUACAGGCCGGAAAAUUGUUUUAUUAUUGUUGUUGGUUCUCAAUUGCAAAAAGUGCUAAACUGUUUGGAAUCUGUAGAGAGAAAAAUUAUUAACAAGGGUCACAGAAGUCAUUUUCACAGGCCGUGGCAAUCUGCAAUUCCCCCUUUACCUCUUGAAGACCAUUUUAUGAGUUAUGUUAAAUAUCCUUCAAGUGAAGAUGUUACAGCGACAAUCACCAUGGCAUGGCGGGGGCCUAAUAUUGUCCGUGAUUAUCCAAAGAUUCUUGCUUGUGAUAUGAUGUUUAGGUUCUUGACAGAAUCUAAUGAUAGCCCCCUUGUUCAAGAAUUUUUGAAAAUUUCCAAACCAUGGGCUACUUCAAUUACUUACCGGGUGGAAAUGUAUAUAGACUCUCUUGUCGCCAUCACUUUCAGUGGUGUGCCAAAAUCAUAUAUGAACCGUGUAAAAGAUAAAGUGGUAGAUAUACUAAAAUCAUUAACUAAAACACCAGAAGCUUUUACACCGAUUGGGGCUACUUUAAAGACCAUUAGAAAAGAAACAAUUAUAGCGCUUGAAAAAAAGUCUCUGGAUUUCUUUGUUUCCACUAUGAUCAAUUACCAGAUUUACGGCAAAAAUGAAUAUGAUUUUAAAGUGAGAGUUGAUUUCUUACCCCUCCUGGAACAUAUAAUUAAAUUACCAAUGAAAUUCUGGAUUACUUUGCUAAACAAAUUUUUCGUUCUGAGAAAGUGCGUUUGUAUUGUGGCACAACCAAGUUAUUCCGAGGUGAUAAAACAAACAAACAUAAAAGUUGAUUCAAUAAAAGACAGAGUAAAGAAACAAGGACUAGAUGGACUUGUUAGAUUUAAAAGAUAUUUCAUUGCUGCAGCUGAGGACAACAAUGUAAAAAUACCAAGAGAAAUCUUCAAUAGCCUCAAGACAUGGCAGAAGCCAGAAAAUUAUUAUCCUUUGAACCAUUACGGUUUAGAAGAAAAGACACACCCAAGGUUCAACUUUGAUAAAGUCCCCCUCAACAUGCAAAUCACGGAUAUUUACACACAUUUCAUAACUAUUUAUGCUCUGAUUGACACGAGAAAACUUGAGCUGGGAAUGCGUGCUUAUUUGCCACUUUUGUUGGAAAGUUUGAUCCAGUCCGCAAUAAUGAGAAAUGGAACGGCUAUUCCCCUAGAACAAAUUUUUCAAGAAAGACAGGAAGAUCUUAUCUCGCUAACAUGUUCACUGGGCUGCAAGCCUUCUGGGUUUUUUUCUUGUGGAUAUCCCUCGCAUUUUGCUUGCGUCUCUGUUACGGUAGAUUUUGAAAAAUACUACAAAGGAAUAAUGUGGUUGAAGGACACACUGUUUAACACUUUCUUUACUGCUGACCGCCUCAAAACAGUUGUUAAUUAUCUACUAGAAGAGGCAGUUGCAAAAUUAAACAACAGUAGAGACAUCGUAUUGCAGUUGAUGAAUGGGAUGACGCAUGAAAGAAACAGCAACUACUGGGCCUCAAAUACAAACUUACAAGUUAAGUUUCUAUUCGAGACAUUGUCAUUUUUGGACGAAACCCCUGAAGACAUAAUUACAGAGCUGGAAACCGUAAAACAGGCCUUCCUGGAUGACUCAAUUCGCUUACACAUGGUUGUCAACAUGGAAAUGCUUGCAACAAAUUACCUCGACCCGGCAGGAGUCUGGCAGAACUUCCUUCCAAACAACAUCAACGCAAAUAAAUAUUUGUGUAAAUUGAAUCAUGAAUUGACACUCCUUAAAGAGAAUCUUUAUGAUUCGUGUGUUGUAUUAGAAGGGAAAGGAACAACAUUUGCUUGUCUGUGUUCACCCUGCUUUUCAGAUUUCACAUGCAACGAUUUGCCAGCCUUGAUUGUUUGCCUUGAAUACCUUAUGCAGCCUGAGGGACCGUUUUAUAAUACAAUCUUGGAAUAUGGAGGGACAUUGGAAAUUGAGGCAUGUCCUGAGCAUGGAAAAAUAUAUUUCUUAUUGAACAAUGUCAACAGUAUUGCUGAAGUUCUCAAAUUUUGUAAAAAAACCUGUGAAGAGUGUGCAAAACGUGAUUAUCCUUGGUCAGAGGACUUGGUAGUGGAUGCUAUAAACUUUGCCGUCGUACGAAAGAUAAGCCCAGAAAGCGAUAUUAAAGAGGUCAGCUUAGAUUCUAUUGUCAGCUAUUUGACCGGCAGGCCUGUGGAUUACAAAAAGAAGUUGAUCAAUGAUAUAAUGGAUGUGACAAAAAACGAUAUUAUCAUAGUGGCUGAAAAGUAUCUGACCUCUCUAUUUGAUUUUACUAAAUCUCGCAUUGUGAUCCUAAGUGAUGUUAAUGAUUACGAAUCUAUUGCAGCUCAGUUUUAUGAGUGGGGUACCGUGUUAAAGUUGUUCAAUACUGUAGAGGAAUUUCUGAAAAGAGUUUAUUGAAUUGAUUGUUGAAAAAGAAAAAAAGAUUAAAAAAACUGUCUGAAGAAUGGCAUCGCUUGUAUAUACAUUAAUUAUAAAUAUACUACAGAGUACACACAUUAUGUAAACUU